AUGAAGUUCGCUUCUUUAGGGGUGUCCCUCAUCUCACUCUUGGCUGUGCCCUCGCUAGCUUCACUGUCAGACCUGGGGGCCAGCAUCAACAACCGAUUGGAAAAACGACGAAGCAACCGUGGCGUCGAUGCGGAGGAUCCCUCAAUCUUCAAUGGCCUCGACGUACCGCCAUUGUUCCAGUUGACACCGGAGAACUUUGAAGAGAGUACCAAGGAUGGAACUUGGCUUGUGAAGCACUAUUCACCGUCCUGUGCGCAUUGCAGAAAGGCCGCACCCGCUUAUCAGACUACCUACGAGUUCUACUAUACCUCUAAUCCGAUUUCUCCCUCCUCUCUGAAAUCGCCUGAUCCCAAAUCCUUAAAUGGCUUUACGAGUUACUACAAUUUUCACUUUGCCUCUAUGAACUGUCUCGCCCAUGGCGAUUUCUGCAACAAGCUUGGUAUCUCCGCUUGGCCGACUUUCGCUUUCUAUGAGGGUGGCGUUCAGAAGGAUACACACGUCGGUGCCAAGUCAAUCGCCGACCUGAGCAAGUUGAUUGAAGAAAAGCUCGAGGCAACCAAGCCUGGGUCUCGUCCACCACAGGGCAUCAAAUUGCCCGAGGUUGGUGCGUCCAGUGUGGACUCAUCCGCCGAACCGGAUUCUCCCGUCGCUAAGGACAAAGAUCCCAAAGCAGGCGCUCUGGCUGGUGAAAAACACAAUGACGAAGCGGCGCAGAAGAAUAAGGAAGUGCCUAAGCCUGUCGAGAGCAGCAAACCAGAUAGCCCAGCUACCGUGAAGACGAAGCCAGUCGGCCCUGCUCCCAAUCCUCAAGGCAUGUCUGUUCCGUUGACCGCAGAAAGCUUUCAAAAGCUGGUGACGACUACCCGCGACCCAUGGUUUAUCAAGUUCUACGCUCCUUGGUGUGGUCAUUGCCAGGCCAUGGCCCCCAGUUGGAGACAAAUGGCAAAGGAGAUGAAGGACACUCUGAACGUUGGCGAGGUCAAUUGCGAAAUUGAGACUCGACUCUGUGCCGAUGCCCGAGUCAAUGCCUUCCCCACUCUCUAUUUCUUCCGUGGAGGUCAGCGAGUUGAGUACACCGGUUUGCGUGGAUUGGGCGAUCUUCUCUCCUACGCGAAGAAGGCCGUCGGUCCAGGCUCCGAGAUUCAAGAUGUCGAUGCGGCCACCUUCAAGGAACUUGAGGAGACUGAAGAGGUUCUCUUCUUGUACUUUUACGACGAGGCUACGACUUCUGAAGAUUUCCGCGCCAUGGACCGCUUGACUCUCAGCCUCGUGGGACAUGCUCGUAUCGUCAAGACCAGCAGCGGUGCCCUUGCUGAGCGCUUCAAGAUCUCCACUUGGCCUCGACUUCUGGUUGUUCGCGAUGGUCGGCCAAACUACUACAACGCUCUGGCUCCCAAGGAUAUGCGCGACUUCCGCCAAAUCCUGUCAUGGAUGCAAAGUGUCUGGCUUCCCAUUGUCCCUGAGCUGACAGCUGCCAAUGCCCGUGAGAUUAUGGAUGGCAAAUUUGUUGUUCUUGGUAUCCUCAGUCGUCGUCGUAAUGAUGACUUCAAGCAGUCACGGCGGGAGUUGAAGGAGGCUGCCUUUGAGUGGAUGGACAAGCAGAUCCAGCUCUUCCGCCUUGAGCGCUCUGAACUUCGGGAUGCGAAGCAGCUGCGCAUUGAAGAAGCAGACGACCGUAAUGAUCAACGUGCUCUCCGUGCCGCGAAGAAUAUGCGCAUUACCAUCCGCGAGGAUGACAAGAAGCCGGUCGCCUUUGCCUGGGUAGAUGGAGACUUCUGGGAGCGUUGGCUUCGAACCACGUAUGGUAUUGACGUCGAACAUGGUGAUCGCGUGAUCAUCAACGAUGAAGAUAACCGCCGUUACUGGGACACAGCUUCUAGCGGAGCACCAAUCAUGGCUUCCCGUACCUCCAUCUUGGAGACUAUCCCGCUUGUCAUCGCUUCGCCCCCCAAACUGUCCUCCAAGUCCACCACCGGUACUAUCGAGACGUUCUUCUUCUUUACGCGCACUUUCAUCAGCAGCCAUCCCAUCCUCUUCUUCAUCUUCUUGGGUCUCUCGGUGGCUGCUGUGACUUUCAUUGGACGGGGUCGUUUGCUUCGCCGAGUCACCCGUGGGGGUAUUAUUGGCAACAGUAAUAGCAAUGGAGGUUUCUUCCACUUGGAUGGUAAGGAGGGGCUGUUGAACGGAGGCUCUACCGGGAAGGUCGAUUAA